AUGGCAGAUCACAGCUACCCUCGCUCGACUUGGGCCGCAUAUGGCCCUGACGAAUACCAGCUCGCAUCGCGAGAUCCUCCGAGGCGACAAACAGUGUACAUGGAUUCGCCCUCGUUUGCACUGUCCUCCAGCGCGGCCUCAAGGCCCACCCACUCGGUCGACGUAGCCUCGUCCCAUCACCGCACGUCCUUCGCUCGCCCCCCGCAUCUCGACUGCGAUUUCAACUGGGCCGAUCGUACCUCUUUGGCCGAUCCCGCUGGGUCGUCGCGGCGGUGCAUUACUCCAAAUUCGCUGCACGGCAGCUCUCCCGUCUCGGAUAUCUCGCCCAACAUGCCCCAGGCGACGCAUUCCGUCCGCUCUGCAAUCAGCAGCACCCGCGCGGCCGAGACAUGGCCCUUCCAGGCCCACACUGCAGCGCUCUCGUCCCCGCCGCACCCGUCCCCGGCGCAGCGAUCCUUUGGCUCUGUUGUCGCCGGGUCUCCGUCGCAGUCCCGCUUUGGCACUGGCCUGCCCAGUCCUUCGCGGGCCGGCGCGCUGCAAGGCCCGCCCGCCUCGUCUUCCUCCCGUCCCGCCCACCCAGCUGCCCCGCCAUCUACCUCGUCUUCGGGUCCAAAUCACCGAGCCCUGCCGUCGCCCGGUUGUUCGUUGCCCUAUACCGACUCUGCUGUCCGGGCAGUUCUCGAGCGGGGCCGCUCAAGCGCGCCGGCGCACUCGGCCUAUCCAGCCACCGCCGUGGACCCUGCCGCUGCCACCCACUCGUCUUCGUUCCCCAGCACCAUCCCGGCUUACCAGGGCAGUGCUUCGAUGCCGUCUCAUGUCGCCCGGGCACGGCCGAGUACCGCCGAGGGUCUGCCUCAAAGCGUGGUGUCGGUUACAUCACCGUUGGACACCACUACAUCACCGUUGAACACCGCUACAUCUGCUACGAGCCGUCGGUCCCCCAACAUGAGUUACUCGUCGUCGGUGCAGCCCGGCUAUGUACCCAGAUCGGGGUCGUACUUCCAGCCAGGCUACACCUCCGUCAACCCCAACACUUCGUCCGUGCAACUUGCCGUCUCGAUCCCGAAGCCUGGCUUUCCCCAUCCAAAAUCCGCCCAGUCCUCCUCCCCGCUCGACGAUAUCUCUCCGCUCCCAGGGUAUCUCUCCUCCAAACCUGGGCACUCUUCCCAUGCAAAUGCCACUCCGUCUCGCUCUGGUCCGUCCCCCAAGGCUGCGCCCACGUCCUCCUUCAAUCUCUCGAAGCAUAUCUCACAGAACGCAUCUGCCCUCCCUUCGUAUCUCCGCCCAAAGAGUGCCCCUUGUGCGAUCGCCUCCGGAUCACCCCUUUCGACGCCGUCGCCGACGCAACGUCACCCACAUCCGUCGGAUUCUUCACAGCAGCAUUCGUCCCCACACCGUGCAGUGGCUCCUGACUCGACCCGCACCUCGUUCUACGAAUCGCCACAGACCUUCCAGUAUUCGACACCAGCCUAUCUCUCAAGCAUUGAUCCCUCUCGCCCCUCGGCCCUGCUUCGGCAAAAGAUUCUGCGGCACGGCGGCAUGGACAGCGAGCGUCGCAUCGAAAAUACCGCCACUAGCAGACAAUCCGUCAAGCGGACCAUGCUUUCGGAUGAGUACCCUGUGGCUCGGCCGGAUCGACCAUCCAUCGCUGCACUCUCACCAAACUCGCGAGAAGGCCGCCUGAUCACCGAUCGUCAACCGGUAGCAACCACCCCCGCUCCGGCGCCGCCACUGCUCCUGGGUCGCAACACCACUUCGGAUGACCCUAUCCAGUCCCUCGCAAGCGAGCCGAGUGCUCCUUACUGGACCGAUCGCCGCCAAUCGCCGAUAUACAUUCACCCGACCCCGGACAGCUCAUGCGGUAUAUCGACCGAGAACCGAGCGGCUUCUGCUACCAGCGAGGUUAUUCAUCCGCGAAAGCGCCUCAAGAUCGACGACUGCAUCAACAAAGAGGACUCGGUGUCGGCGCCGUCGUCGUCAGGCUGCGCCUUGGACGAGGACAGCCGCACCGAGAGCGAGUUUGAAUGGAGUGCAGCGCAUCCGUCACCGCUGCUGAACACGUCCGAUAGGACCAGCGACUGCUCUCGCACCCGGGAGGACUCGCUUUCGCUGAUCGAAAGUGGGAGCAGGCGCCCGGAAGGGCAAGACGGCGGAAGCAAGGCCUCGGCCAUGUCGAUUUCGCAGCUCCUGGAUCAACGUGGUGAAGAAAACAUCCCAGGUGAUACCUCGGAGCCGUCCGUGCCAUCUGCUCCUCGCAAGAUCUCCAAAGCCCUCAGCUACAGUGCAAGCGAAUUGCUGCUCAAUCCACCCCUGGAUCUGAAGCGGCUUGAUAUAUCCUUGGAUCUCUGGGAGACAUCCGUUGAGCUGUUCGAAGAGCUACGGUGCAAGAGGGAAAUGCUAUUCCGCAAUCCCCUCAAGAAUGUGAAGCCAAUCCUGGCUGCCAUUCUGUACAUUCUCUGCAAGAACAGGGGGCUGCCGCGCUCGAUCAAGGAGUUCUGCGCUGCUGGCAGCAUCACGAAGAAGGAACUCUCGCAUUACUAUCGACGCGUUCAGGAAAUCAUGUCGCCGGAACUGAAAGUGGGUGCCAAGCCGUUCACUGCCGAAGAGUUUCUCACUCGUUGGUGUCGAAUGCUCAAUCUACCCGACUCGAGCCUCACAGCUGCGAUGUUCAUCUACCGCAGUGCCGACUCGCUCGGUCUGCUGGGCGGAAAGUGCACAAACAGCGCGAGCGCCAUCUGCCUGACCCUGGCGUGCCUGUAUUUGGAUCCAAAAUACGAUAUCAAGAAUAUCUCGCAGGUGUCUGUCGUUUCGUCUGCGACCCUGACUUGCGCCAUCAGACAGAUCCAGGAGCCACUGGCAGGUGUGUUGGGACCAGACCCUGCCUCGACGCUCUUGGGGCUUUCCAAGUUUCAGCCGUCGUACACUUCUCUGAGACUGUGA